AUGGCUGAUGUCGGCUAUACCAUUGACGACUUCUACCGCUUUUUCUAUAUUCCUGGUAUAGGACACUGCUCCGGCGGUGCCGAUGCCCCUGGUCAUGAAAAUAUCCCUGCUGGGGUUCCCGGCUAUAAUGACCGCUAUCAGCACGCUAUAUCGGCCUUACUCGUGUGGACUGAAAAAGAUAAUCCCCCGGACUAUCUGGUUGGUACAAAAUUUGAAGAUGAUGACGGCUCCAUCGUGCGUGAGUGCCCCAUUUGCCCCUACCCCAAUAGGCCGCAUACGUGGGUGGAGAUGUGA